UCCAUCUUCAAAGCAAUACAAGCAAAAGAAAAACAAUUCAAUAAUUCAUUAUGGCCGACUUGCAUGUGAAAGAUUACUUGCUAAUGAACACUCACUUGAUUAAGACUUUUUGGUCCAAAAUAAUGAUCAUUUGGUUCAUUGUAAAUGCUAAUUUUGGAUAACUAUAAAUAGGACAUAUUGCCUGUGACAUUCUCAUCACCCCCAAGAACCAAUUCAAGGUUUAGUUUAGUGAAGCAAUCUUUCAGUAGUUUUCCCAUAUGGCUCGAUUUGCAGAGAAACUUGUUCUGCCCAUGAUCCUUCUGCUAAUGGUUAUUACUAUAGCAGAAGCAACAACUCCACCAGGGAUAGCUAAAACCCCAAGCCAUGCAAGAUGUAAUAUCAAGAAGUAUAAAAUGUGCUACAAUUUGGAGCAUGUUUGCCCAAAAUUCUGCCCCGAUAGCUGCACUGUUGAAUGUGCUUCUUGCAAACCUAUCUGCAGUGGUGGCUCUACUCCUGACAAUGGCUCUCCACCAUAUUCACCCGCCCCUUCGACUGGCAACAAUGACAAUGAUAACAAUAAUGGCAAUAAUAAUGGCAACAACAACACUGGCAACAAUAAUGGCAAUAAUAACGGCAACAACAAUGGCAACAACGACGACCAUGGCAAGAAAUCACCACCAGACUCUCACACUCCAUCAUAUGUUCCACUUCCUCAACAUAAUCCAACUCCAUCUCCAAGUAUCCCAACUCCAACUCCUACACCCUCUUCACCAGCACCAUCACCACCAACAUCAACACCUUCUACACCCUCUUCACCAUCAACACCAACACCAACACCUCCUACUCCUACACCCUCUUCACCGUCACCGUCACCAUCAUCAUCAACUCCAACACCAUCUCCUCCUACUCCUACACCAUCGAAACCGUCACCAACACCUCCUAAUAAACCCUCUUCACCUUCUCCAUCAACUCCUUCUACCUCACCAAAGACGGCCAAAUGCAGAAACGAGUACUAUCCACAAUGCUACAAUAGCGAGCAUGUCUGCCCCAGUUCUUGUCCUGGUGGAUGUGAGGUCGAUUGUGUCACUUGCAAGCCUGUCUGCAAAUGUGACAGACCUGGAGCAGUCUGCCAAGACCCUCGAUUCAUUGGUGGAGAUGGCAUUACCUUCUAUUUCCACGGCAAGAAAGAUCAUGAUUUUUGCCUUGUUUCUGACAAUAAUCUCCACAUCAAUGCCCAUUUCAUUGGCAAGAGAAAUGAAAAGAUGACAAGGGACUUCACUUGGGUCAAGUCUAUUGCAGUCCUCUUUGGCGACCACCAAAUCUUCCUCGGUGCACUUAAAACCUCAACAUGGGAUGACUCAGUAGACCGCCUUGCCAUCUCCUUUGACGGCGAGCCUCUGACUCUCUUGGAAAAUGAAGGCAGCAGGUGGCAAUCCGCAAGUGUACCAAGCGUAUCCAUCACUAGAACUAGCAGCGCUAAUAAUGUCGUAGUUGAAGUUAAAGGGAAUUUCAAGAUCACAGCUAAGGUUGUGCCAAUUACAGAAGAAGAUUCAAGAAUUCACAACUAUGGUAUUACUAAAGAUGAUUGCUUUGCUCAUCUGGAUCUUGGGUUCAAAUUUUACUCCUUAAGUGAUGAAGUGAAUGGUGUGUUGGGCCAAACCUACAGACCUGGAUAUGCGAGUCGUGUGAAUGUUAAAGCAAAGAUGCCUGUAAUGGGAGGCAACAAAGAGUUCCAAACUUCAAGCCUCCUCGCCGCAGAUUGCGCAGUAGCUCGAUUCAAUGGUGGAAAUGGCUUCAAUGCUGAAGGUUCUCUGCAGGGUUUUGAGUUACCAGGCUUGAGCUGUGCAAGUGGGAUGGAUGGAGAGGGAGUAGUAUGCAAGAGAUAGGCAUAUACAUGUUAUACAUUUAGUCAUUUUACUAUAAGAUAAAAAUAUAUAAGAAUAAAACUCUUUGCCAUUAGAGGUCAAAAAAAGAAAAACCUCUAAUUCUGCAAAUUGAUUAUUGUGAUGGCUUCAUGACUUUGUUUCACAAUAAGAAUCAUUCACAUAAAGUUGAUGUUUUGCUGACAGAAUUGGAUUUAGUGACCAGAGCAAUAUAACUAAUUACUUUUAUCUCAUAAUUAAAAAAAAAA